AUGCCCGACGGGACGUCUCGGUUCCGGGCCCGCGGCAAAGACCUCCUCCAUUUCAUGGGCUGCUCGACCUUCUCGCAGUAUACCGUUGUGGCGGAUAUUUCGGUGGUCGCGUACACGCCUGCGUGUCCCACCGACCGGGCAUGUCUUCUCGGAUGCGGGAUCACGACGGGAUACGGCGCUGCGACGGUGACGGCCAAGGUGGAGGAGGGGUCGAGCGUGGCGGUGUUCGGGGCCGGAUGCGUGGGCCUGUCUGUGAUACAGGGUGCGGUGAAGAAUAAAGCGGGCAUGAUUAUUGCCGUGGAUUUGAAUGAUGAUAAGGCGCCGUGGGCGUAUAAGUUCGGGGCGACGCAUUUUGUCAAUCCCGCGAAGUUGGGCCGCAAGAAUAUCACGGAGAAGUUGAUUGAUAUGACGGACGGAGGAUGCGAUUACACGUUUGACUGCACCGGCAAUGUCAGCGUGAUGCGGGCGGCGCUGGAAGCGUGCCAUAAGGGCUGGGGCGAGAGUAUUGUCAUUGGGGUUGCGGCGGCGGGUCAGGAGAUUAGCACUCGACCCUUCCAACUAGUGACCGGUCGCCAAUGGAAAGGAUGCGCAUUCGGGGGCGUGAAAGGACGGACACAACUUCCGGGACUGGUGGCGGAUUAUCUGAACGGGGAUCUCAAGGUGGACGAGUUCAUCACGCACCGCGAGACCCUUAGCAACAUCAACGCGGCAUUCGAGCAGAUGAAGCAGGGGGAUUGCGUGCGGUGCGUGGUGGAUACUACAUUGUAA